AUGUUCAUAAUUAAGCUUCCCAGAUGCCUUAAUGUUGCUCCUUAUUUGAUCACAAGCUGUGAUGUUGCAUUUGCUUUUGAAUUUGCAAUGAAAAGUGAUUUUGGAAACUGGAAACCCUAUCUCACUCACAAAUCCAUACUAUGUGCAUUGGCAUUUGUGUUAUUGGCAAAAAGGACCUCUGUCUUCGAUGAUCCAACAAUGGAGAUUCAAGAAUUAACAGGUGUGAUCAAACAGGACAUCACUGCACUGAAUGCAGCUGUGGUGGAUUUGCAAUUAGUUUGCAAUUCACAAAAUGAAAGCCAAAGCAUUUCAAGUGACACAACUACACAUUCAACUACAGUUGUUGAUAAUCUCAAGAAUCGUCUCAUGGGUGCCACAAAGGAGUUCAAGGAAGUUCUUACAAUGAGGACAGAGAAUUUGAAGGUUCAUGAAAAUAGAAGACAGUUGUUUUCUGCAAGUGCUACAAAAGAGCCUGUAAAUCCUUUUGCACGCCAACGUCCAUUGGCUAACAAAUCAACAACUAAUUCCUCAAAUACCCCUCCUCCUUGGGUUACCAAUUCCUCAACUUCAUCUCCACUAUUCCCUAGGAAACAGGGAGAUGGAGAAUCUCAACCGUUGUUACAACAACAACAAAGUCAAAGUCAAAGUCAAAGUCAAGAAAUGGUUCCAUUACAGGAUAAUAGUUACAUGCAGAGUAGAGCUGAGGCUCUUCACAAUGUUGAGUCAACAAUUCAUGAAUUGGGCAACAUUUUUACACAAUUGGCAACCAUGGUUUCUCAACAAGGGGAGCUUGCAAUUAGGAUUGAUGAAAACAUGGAGGAUACACUAGCAAAUGUAGAAGGGGCACAAGGGCAAUUAAUGAGUUCCAUUAUAGGAAGAAACCUAUCACGGUUCGAGAUCGACAUUGCUACUGCUUGGCUACUUCUUGAGUUCGUUCGCCAGAUAACUUCGAAACCCUAG